AAUAAAAGAAGACUGGGAAGAGGAAAGGAAAGGGAAAAGGAAAAUGAAAAGGGGAAAGGAAAGGAAAAGGAGAGGAGAAGGAAAAGGAAAGGGUAAGGAAGGUUUGCCUGUAGCAUGGCAAAGCCAUGCAGCCCCGCACCCCAGUCCACCCUGGCCCAGCCCAGGGACAGGUGCCCUGGUGCUGCCCAGGUGCUGGGGGAGGAUGAGCACAAGGUGACCUGGCUGCCAGCACAGGGACAUGGUCACACCCCCACGUCCCUGAUCACAGGCUCCUGGGACCUGCCUGCCCACAUCCCCCAAAGCAGCUUGCUUGGGCAUAGAGGGGCUGGAGGCCACUCUGCAUCGCCCUCUCCCACACUGCUCGUUCACUGGAGAGAGCCCAUCUCCCUUACUCUGGGAGGCGAUGGGGAUGGGAAGGUGAGCUGGGCACAGGUUGUUUCUCCCUGCUCUGUCCCCGGGCCUGGCCAGGGUGGACCAGGCUGAUCUAGGGUGUGAGGCUGCACAGUUUUGUCUCAGGGCUGGCAGGGAAGGGGGCAGGACUGGGGGAGCACAGCAGCUGAGAGCUAACCCUGCCUCACCUCUCUGCCAGGGGCCCGUGUUGGAAGGAGAUCUAAGAUGAAGUUAUGGGAUGUUGUGGCUGUCUGUGUGGUGCUGCUCAACACGGUCUCUACCUCACCCCUGCCCACUGCUAAUAUGCCAGAGGAUUAUCCAGAUCAGUUUGAUGAGGUAGUGGACUUUAUUCAAGCCACCAUUAAAAGACUGAGGAGGUCGCCGGAUAAACAGACUCCAAUUUUUUCUAGGCAGGAGAGAAACCGGCAAAACACAGCCACAAACAUAGAGAAUUCCAGCAAAAAGGGAAGGAGGAAUCAAAAGGGCAAAUAUCGAGGAUGUGUCUUAACAGAAAUACAUUUAAAUGUGACUGACUUGGAUUUGGGAUAUGAAACCAAAGAAGAGCUAAUUUUCCGGUAUUGCAGUGGAUCUUGUGAUGCAGCCGAGACCACGUAUGACAAAAUUAUAAAAAAUUUAACCAGAAAGAAAAAACUAGUCACUGACAAAGUAAGGCAAGCUUGUUGCAGACCCACAGCCUUUGAUGAUGACCUGUCCUUUUUGGAUGAUAACCUGGUUUACCACAUACUGAAAAAACAUUCCGCAAAAAGGUGUGGAUGCGUCUGA